AUGAUGCAACAUCGCAUGGCAAAAGACGAAGUCUCCGCGGCAGGCGAAGAGAAUGAGGUCCGUCGCGAAGACCAGGAGAAGAUCAACCGCUUCAGUCGUCUUCAUCAACGUGAGACGCUGCUAGAGGAGCAGUUGAAGGCCAAACAGAAAGAUAAAGAGGAUCUCGAGGAGAUUUCUAUGGAGCUGGAACUGGCCGAUGAGGAUGAACUAGUGCCGUACAAGAUUGGGGACUCCUUCUUCCAACUUCCCCUUGCUGAUGCUCAAUCUCUCCUGUCUUCAUCGACGGAGCAGAUCGACUCCGAGGUGUCAGGGCUGGAGGAGAAGUUGAGCGAUCUGCGCGACGAAUUGCAGCAAUUGAAGGUGGCGCUGUAUGCGCGGUUUGGACGGAGUAUUAACCUGGAAGUCUAAAUUAUCAUCGUAGUAUUCAAGGGUCUCAAGGAUCUGUGGAAUAUGCAGUAUGAGGGUGGAUUGAAAGGUUCUAUCAUUAAUGUAUAGAGGUCAAAAUAAAAUCAUGAUGUCACUGUAU